CCGCCAAUAUGGGUGAUAUUCCUGAUGGGCGAACUCUAAGGGACUACGCUGAUGAAGUCCAGAAGCGUAUUGACGAGGAGCGGGAGCGAACAGAAGAAGAGAAGUUCCUCCGCUCUUCUCUUAGGGGAUCCGAUCGUUUGAAAGCCAUCGAAAAUUUUCGUAAAGUUGUUCGUCCGGGCUUUCACGAACCCCAUCCGGAACUCAACGAAGCUUUUGAAUACGACGAUGGAGAUGUUCCCUCUAAAUCAGAACUUUCCGAACUCCUGAACUACUUGCGCACCAAGUUGCAAGUGAUCAGAAGCAGUGAUACGGGAGACUCAUCUGAGGCAGACCAGUGGGAAUGGCUUCUUGGUGUACUGUCGGAUCCGUUGCUCUGCAAAGCGUUUUUGAUGCAUGACCGUGUUGCGGUUGCUUACGAAAAGUGCAAACGCACAAUGGCUCCACUGUGUCGCGAUCAAUGGCCCGUCCUACCAGGCUCAGCGUACGAUGUGUUGGAAUCAGUACAGACGCUGAUACUGAGCACACUUCAAAGUCGUUUGCAGCUAGACGCCUACACUGUGAAUCAUUUAUCGAAUUUACACAAUAUACUGGCGCAACCAAGAAUCUGGAAUCUGUUGUUGGCAAUGGAUGGCCUGGCAAAUACGUGGCUGUUUGAGGCUGGUACAACGAUUGAAGAAACUCACACAGUGCCAGAAGAAGAGACGCGGCUUGACUCACCAUCUCAAGGUGAUCCACUUGUCCAGGAGAGUAUCGUCCCGGGUUGUUAUGCGACACUAGCGUAUGACGAAUGUGGUCGAGAUUCAUAUUCGGAACAAGGAGUUCGUUUGAAAUAUGUCGUGUUCCAGAAAGGGGAUAAUGAAUUUCUGGGCGCGACAAUCCGCAUUGAAAGGCGUUCGGUUUUGAUCGCACGUAUUGUCAAUGGAGGACUGGCGCAAAAGACUGACCUACUACACGAGGGUGAUGAACUUCUUGCCGCUAAUGGAGUUGAACUUCUGGGCAAGGAUCUAAAUACAGUUACCGAUAUACUGGUAAACUGGACUGGGUGCCUCCGCCGUAUGGAUCCCACCAGUAGCAGCUGCUUUAUGGCCAAAUGCAGGAAAGCGAUUCGCCGGCAAACCGAACCUAUGCUGUCAGGACUUGCUCAAGCUGACAGCCCAAACUUCCGGUUGCUUUGGGCAUCCUUGCGUGGACGUGUCGUUUUACUGGUUGCACCCGCAACUGAUCCCUACACGAAGACUUCCACCGGAAGCAUUAUCCACCUACGGGCUUUGUUCUCGUACGAACCCGAAGAGGAUCGUUACCUGGCCUGUCACGAGCUGGGGCUAUCUUUCAGCAAAGGCGAUAUUAUUCACGUCACUGGCAGACGUGAUCCAAACUGGUGGCAAGCAUACCGGAGUGAUGAAAACGUAGGCCUUGCAGGCUCGGUGGGCACCUUGGCCGGCCUCAUACCCAGUCCAAUCUAUCAGCGUCAGCGGGCGAUUCUUCGGUUACAGUCAUGGCUCAACAGCGGGGCAGAGGAUGUAGAGUUAGAUGAAGACGUCUCUGACAUAGAACCAGAAGGUGAUCAUCGAGAAUACAAGGAAAACUGUAAUGUAGUUACCAAGGAUAAACGUUUCCUUGGCAUGAAGUUGCCUUUUUUGAAAUCGAAGAGUCCCCAAAAUACCAGAGCUCAUGUGAACGAAACUCACAAUGUUUCCCGUGAAAGCGAAGACACAAAUGAACGCGACCCCGUGGAUUCUACGAGUCCAGGCCAUGAGCCUCCCUCAUAUCUAAUUAACAGCGCUUUAGUUAGUUCGAUUUAUGCGGGUCGUAUGUCAGGGCAAAGCAAACUGACGAUUCAGCCAUCAGAAGGCGCAAUCGAAGAGUGGUCAGCCGCUGGGCCCGUGUGGGGUCAGCAUGGCUACGACGUACGUUCUUAUCGCAGACGUCGUCGUCACGUACACAGGUCAGGCAGCAAAUCAUCGCCUUGUGUGGAUACUUUCCGCGGCAAGAAGAAGCCAAACUAUGAAAAAGACUAUUUCCCUUCCCUGGCUCCUGUGCCUGAUACAGCUCUCACAAACUCCGAUGAUCCGGUCGCAUGGUUGGACGAAGAGGUUGCGCGUGGCUUUCUCAGACACCCCAGCUUAUGGACUUAUGAGCCCGUGGCUCAAUACCUUCCACAACCACUACGUCGCCGACCUUUAGUGUUUGUUGGCCCAGCGCACGUCGGACGGCACCAGUUAAUGCAAGGUCUGAUACAACAGGAUCCUAAUCGCUUUUGUCCAGCACCGAUCCACACCACCAACGCGAAUAUGAAGUCCGAUCUCUCAGUUCCUUACAUUAUUAUUACUGAGGAGGUGUUCGAAGCGGAACGAAAACGUGGCGAGUUCAUCGAAUGGGGUGUCUUUAAUCGCGCCCAUUACGGUACUAGCCGUUCCACACUGCGCCAACUGUAUGAGGUGGGAAAAGUUUGCUGCAUCACCCUUCGUCCUGAUUCUCUCCGUUUGAUGCGAGCCAGUGGAUUGUUUCCGUUUGUCAUCUUCAUUUCACCUCCGGAGCGGGUGGACGAGCUUCGUCGCGUUCAGAGUCUACUGGGUAUUAAAGCUGUUUGCACAGACUUCGAGCUCAAAUCGUGCAUCGAGACUAGUCGCAAGAUGGAAGUGCGCUAUGGACACUGGUUUGAUAUGGUGAUUGUGCCCGAGUCUCUGAGUUCCACUGUCGAUGAACUAAUUGCCGUUGCUACGCGUUUGGAGCGUGAGCCGUCAUGGGUGCCUCGAUACUGGCUGUGACUGAAUUUCUUUACAUCCUGUUUCCCUGCCGUACCCGUGAUCGUUAUCAUAUCAUUUUGUAUCCCUUAAUAAUGCACAUUUUUCCUCACUUCGUCCGUUUGUGAUGUUCCAGUUUCCACACGUCUCAUUUUCCAUUUUUUCGAUUUUUGCUUUUUUCAUCAAAGGCGUUUCCAUUGGUUUUGGGCUGCUACUUUUAUUGUUGCUAUUUGAUUUUGUCCGUUUCUCCUCACAUUCAUCAUGCCUUCACAGAAGUACAUCUACAAUUCGAGCACCAAUACACAAUGUGCUCAAUCUCCACG